AGUGCAGUCUUUCUUUCUGAUUGAGUGAACCCGCGCUUAAAGCGUCAGCUGUCACGUGAUCUAGCAUAUAUUUAGGGGAAUCCUCUUCGAUCGGCUGCAAAAUUUAGGUCGAAGCAAACUUCAACAUGGCUCUCCCAACCCCGCCUAUUCCACCGAUCAAGAACCCGGAAGUGAAAUGCACACAGAUUUUUAUCAACAAUGAAUUUGUCAACUCCGUCAGCGGGAAGACGUUCCCGACUCUGAAUCCGUCGACGGGGGUGAAGAUAGUGGACGUGCAGGAGGGCGACAAGGCUGACGUGGACAAAGCUGUUGCCGCUGCAAGGAAAGCCAUGGAGUUUGGGUCAAUUUGGCAGAAGAUGGACGCCAGCCAGAGAGGUCGUCUUCUAAACAAGUUGGCUGACUUGCUGGAGAGGGAUAUCGGUUACAUAGCCAGUCUUGAUGUUUUGGACAACGGUAAACCUUACAAGGACGCCUUCUUCGUCGACACUGGGAGCUGCGUCAACAUCCUGCGCUACUACGCGGGGACGGCCGACAAGAUAUGUGGAAAAACCAUCCCAAUAGAUGGGGCGUACUUCUGUUACACCCGACACGAACCGGUGGGAGUUUGCGGACAGAUCAUUCCGUGGAACUUCCCGGUCCCGAUGUUGAUCUGGAAGAUUGCCCCUGCGCUGGCGUGUGGGAACACCAUUGUCGUGAAGCCGGCGGAACAGACGCCUCUCUCAGCGCUCUACAUAGCGUCUCUUGUUAAAGAGGCCGGGUUCCCGCCAGGCGUCGUCAACAUGGUUCCUGGGUACGGCCCCACCGCCGGCGCUGCCAUCGCCUCCCACCCCGACGUCGACAAGGUGGCCUUCACGGGGUCGACAGAGAUCGGGCGGGUGGUGAUGACAUUGGCGGCCCAGUCCAACCUGAAGCGGGUCUCACUCGAGCUGGGAGGCAAGAGUCCUAAUGUGGUGUUCGCCGAUGCCGACUUGGACUAUGCGGUGGAGAUGUCCCACAUGGCGCUCUUCUUCAACAUGGGCCAGUGCUGCGCAGCAGGGUCAAGGACGUACGUCCAGGAGGACAUCUACGACGAGUUCGUCAAGCGGAGUGUGGCCAGAGCCAAGGCCAGGAAAGUAGGAGACCCCCUCGACGACUCCACCGAAUCCGGGCCACAGAUUGAUGAGACUCAGUUUAAUAAGAUCCUAUCGAUGAUCGAGAGUGGGGUGAAGGAAGGCGCCAAGCUGCAGUGUGGAGGCAAACGCCAUGGAGACAAGGGGUUCUUCCUCCAACCAACUGUCUUCUCUGACGUCACAGAGGACAUGUGCAUUGGCAAAGAUGAGAUAUUCGGACCGGUCCAGUGCAUCCUCAAGUUCAAGACGAUGGAGGAAGCGAUAGAAAGAGCCAACAAGUCACAGUACGGCCUCGCUGCCUCCAUUUUCUCCAAGGACAUGGACAAGGUCAUGGCCUUCACCAGCAGGGUCAAGGCCGGCACAGUCUGGGUGAAUUGUUACAACUGGUUAACAGCGCAGACACCGUUUGGCGGCUUCAAGCAGUCCGGAUUCGGGAGAGAACUGGGUGAAUAUGCUCUUCACGAAUACACGGAAGUGAAAACGGUUACAAUGAAGACCUCGUCGAAGAUUUGAGCUGUUGAUGACGUCCGAUGCCACGUGACAAGUCUGCCGGACCAACACCAGGAUCUGCUGUUCUCCCUUCGCGACAUCUAAAGAUCUGAUGAUCUAAAUGAAGACUUGUUUCUACGUCCAUCGGCGUCACUGAACGUUGACGUAGGGUAACCCCAAACAACGGCUGAAUAAUGGCUACACGUUUCCAUAUUCCAUAUUGAUAAUACAAAGCAGUCAAGACUCUUGAUAGACUCAAUUACUGCAAUGUUUACCUUUGAGAGAACUUGAUUCUGGAUACGCUUGACUAAUAGCAGUACAUAAAUAUAUCUAUCCUUACUCAAUAA